AUGCAUCACAUACCUCGACUGUCAGAAGCGAUUUACGUAGGACUGUGUCGUAAAGUAGGGAGUCUAACAGAAGUGAGAUUUAGGAGGGAAGUGAUGGACACUAAGGAGAUGGUGUGUAAACCUGUGUGCAUCAUGCGGGGAUUGGACAAAAUGAAUAGUGGGAGUAGGCGUGAGGGAUUCAGACUACCUGAUUCAGAUUUAGAUGUCAUGUAUUGGUAUCCUGACCACAAGGUUAUAUGUGAUCUCUCACAGAUCAGUUUCUACCGUAUCCCACAACACACCGUGAUUCUGAUGGAUUGUGACGACUUAUCACCAGGAUUUACCAGGCUUAAUCUUAUGACUCCAUCAACAGAUCCACUAAUCAGAUCCUCCUGUAUAAUGAGCAAUAACGAAGUUUUUAUAUCUAGUGUCUUAUUUCGCGAGAACCAUUUGCGAUUAACGAAGUACAACCCUAUCAUCUCUAUCAUGACCACCUCUCCUUGGCCUCAUGGUCCUUGUUCUACAAUAAUACUACAAGACGAAACAGAAAUAGACAAUGCAUACUGUUUGCAGUCACAGCAAUGGCCGACAGGCGCUAUACCAUGGAUACAGCGAUGUCGACAACAAGAUUGGCCAUCUGAAAAUAUUGUGUUAGAUAUAUUAAGCGGAGGAUUCCAUGUUGUUCCCAUCGGUAGCACACCUGAAAAUGGAGAAGAAUGGAGAAUCUCAUUCUCGCAAGCAGAACAAAAAAUUGUUUAUUCAAUGAACCACUGGAUAUCAUGUCUGCUAUUAAGUCAAACCUUGAGACCUUACCUCAGUAAAGCCAUAUUAAACAGAGCAUUGACAGUCCGUACAGAGGAAAACAGUAUCAUAUCUAGCACUGCGUUAGAUUAUAGCUUUUUUACAGAAUUGGACUUGAACGGGUGUAUUUUUUAUUUUGAGGAGUUCUACGUUUUCAUGAAACAAAUAGAGGGUGUUAUGAGGGGAAAGUUGACACAAUAUAAGGUUGCUGUAUUACAAAGGAUGACAUCAAAUUUGUUACGGGACUCUACCAACUUGAUACAGGAAGGAAGCGACAAUGGUAAGAAUGAACACACCUAA